AUGGAUGUUAAGCAGGUUCUUAAAAGUAUACAGGACACGAACUGGAAGAGUUGGUUGAGUCAGGCCAUCUCAGAUCCAAAAGUGAAUGAAUGUAAUGAUCCGUUUUUGGUAAGGUUAAAGUUAGCUUACUAUUGCCAUUUAGCCUGAAAUAGCCAUCCGUGCUGGAGCCAAAAGUCAGGAAUGUGAAGCCGGUUCCUGCUUAAAGAUGAGUAUCAAAGAAAAGUCAGGGAAUAGUUUUGUGUGGAGAAGUUGUUUACCCGACUCAAAAGAUUCUGUCACAACCGACUGUACGAAAGUAACAACAAGGACAGGAGAUCUUGAAGUCUGUACAUGUUUAGGUAACCUAUGUAAUCAUGGAAGUACAAAAACCACCUCUUGCUAUUUAUUAAUGCUCAUUAUAAUAAUUCAGUAUAUAUUACAGUAAAUUAUAAUACAUGUUAA